CGACACCGGUGCCAAAGUGUUUAUGUCGCUCGUAACCGGUCUCCGCUAUCGCAGGCUCGAUCCAGCAACCGGCCAGCGGAUCAAGUAUAUUACGCCCUUUGGUGGGCAGAGAACGGAAACUAGGAUCUAUUUAGUCCACCUCGGAGGCAUGUGUGAGUAUGACUUGAACACUGGGGUGAUGACAGCCAAUGGAGCUUUGAGGACUGUGGAGUAUCCUUGGGAAAACCAGGCUGGGCAGUGGUACAGUGAAAUCGACGCUACGAUGUUGACGAGGGGGAUGGUCUAUCGGAUCUGCAUGGACUAUGAUGGGAUUAACACUGAAAAAUACUUCGCCGACACGUUUCAACAGGUGUACAUCUUGAGCAUUUCGAUUUUGACGCCUGGCAUAGUCCAAAAAGCCGGGCAAGAGAUCCGAUUCGAGUGCGCAGAUUGCGUUGCUGGUGCUACCGCUCUGUACCUGACCGCUGAGACUGAUUGCGACGUGUUUGUGAGUGACGGGAGCCACACUGGAGCCAGCCCAGCGACAGCGGAUGCCGUGGUUCUGGCCACAGACGCUGGCGCAGGAGCAAACAGGUACGUGGCGACUGUGGACGCCAGUGGGCUGACAAGUGGGAACCGGUACACUGUGUGCAUGGAUUUGGACGGGGCGACGGGGACGCUGCCGUUUGGGUUUACAGAGUUGACGACGUAUAUUACAGGUAUCUCGUUCACUUUCUCGGUGCUGUUUUUGUUUGAGUGUUAGGAUGAUUGUGAGAGUGGACCUCGCGCCGUACUAGCUGCGAAGGGUUCCCGGGGGCGUAAAUGGCCUCACGCCCUCAGGCGGGUAGCCGGGUGCGCUCGAUCAUAGCGAGGCGCGCGGCGGCUCCACAUCCUUAGGUAUUUGAUUGGCAGCGCGCGGGCUAGCGGGCCUAUACUGUCUCGGGGAGCAGCAUCCGAGCCUCCCCAUCGGGUAGCAUUAGCCUGUUGAAGCUAUAAAAGUGGCCAAGAGGCAGAGCCAGGCCGGGAGCGAGGCGCCCACUGCGAAGCACAUAGGCGCCGACAGGGCGAACCGGAACGGGGGCGGCCUAGUCUGUGCGCCUGUAUUUGGCGUCUCCUUUCUCCUCUUGGAUUUAGCGACCGCGGCGGGCCUUGCGAUGGGCGGCCAAGGCAGAGGCGCUGGCGGGAGCUUGCUGAAGGCGCCAGCGGGGCGCAGCAGCCCGCCAAAGGUGAGGCGUUUCGCAAUUCUGUUCGCCGCUGUGUGUGAAACUGUCCACCGCGGGCCGCAGCGUGGCGAAGCGCAUCGCCGUGGACAACUUUUAGGGCAUAGAAUGAACCGAAUUGGACGCAAAAGCUGGAGCAAAGUGCUUCCGCGUGAAAUGCUUCCAACUCUACAAGAGAAGUGGGCGCCAGCUUUGUGCGCCAUGCGCGUCAAGGCGAGCGGUCGCCGCAAAAGGCCGCGAGAAGUCACCCGCGCUCGCUCGAGCUUGUUGGGCCGUUUCGUAAUUUAAUCCAGCUUGGCGCCUGUUCUGUUUUCGGUGAUGGCUUUGCUCUCUGUUUCGGCUUUCUAUUUUGGGUCGCUUAUCAGUCGGCUCGAUGUGUGAGAAGGCGUUGCCCCCGUCUCAUCUCUUGCAGCGAGCGUGGCUUGGUCGUUCUUGGAUAUGUGCUCAUCGCGGCUCGGCCAGUUUCUAGCCCUUCUUCAUCUUUACGAUUGCGUUAGUAUCUUCUCGGGCCGUUGAUAGGUUGGUGUAGUCAGUGGCUACAAUGGCAUGAUGAUUUAUUAUUAUCAAUCUGGAGUCUAUUGAUGUGUCUGGUUACUAACUUGUCUCGAUUGUCCCCCCAUUCUCUCACAAACAGGCGCCACACUGAAUGCUGACACCGUUGUCGCAGCUGACGUAGCACAAGACUUUUCGGUUAUUUGUUCAGUGUGCACGCCUGCUACGAGUUUGUACUUGGCCUCUGCCGCUGUCGGGUGUGACACUACAGAUUUCGAUGCGGGUCAAGUUGCUGUCGGCGCGGACUCGAGUGCUAGUGCGCCUCUGGUCAGUGCACUCGGAACUAGUCCUUGGACAGUGUCAGUAGAUGCAGAACUGUUGAGUAUCGGAGAUUACUUUAAGGCCUGCCCUAGUUCUUGAUCUCGAAAAGAAGUAGCUUUGGACACUUUUGACCCAUUUUUUUAAGGAGAAAGGGCGUCAAAGAUGACCCUCAUCAACAUGAAUUUAGGUGGUAUCCUCUAAGUACUACACCAUCUGCACCGAUUUGGACGGCACAGCCACCGCAUUAGCAAGUGGAGACGCGCAGCAAUUCGUGUACAUUUCGCCCCCUGGCAUUACUUGGAGGUCAGAUCCAAUCAAUGGAACAGACAGCUACAUCGAUAUCAUCCGCAACCACACGAACGUGAUCAACAGCGCUCCAGGACAGAAGUUGUUCAUCUUAUGAACGCCGUGGGGGUGAGGAUGAGCGUACAUUAUUCAACAUUAUAAUUCAGUUAAGUACUUUCGGUAGUUGUAUUUGGACUGUUGGAACUACGUUAUUUGUCCCCCGUAGACGGCAUGUAAAUGAUAGCAAAGAAUAAAUGCUGCUUAUGAAUGCAAAUUUUUGUGUUAUACAUAGGAGGGGCUUACACCUCUAACCCCCGUCUGUCCCAGCGGAUGCACAGCCAACGAUACAAUCGCGUACUUGGGCACGACCUGUCAGACCGGCGCUGCGGGAGCAGUGACCAGUAUGGAUACGAAGUUGGUGGCGGAGGUAUCAGACCCUGCAGUUGAUAUCAAGACGUACGCUGAUGGGACGCUCUUUUCGGUUGUUUUGGUUAUGGGGAUGGUGGUGGUUUCUCUUUUUCAUUGCUGGUGCAGGAAAGAUGUUCUUAGUACUACAGACUACUUCUAUUCCCACUCACAUAGCUUCUCAAUCAAAGACAACACAGGGCUUACCAAUGCAAUAUACUUUCGACUCACAUGGAUAGAACAAAUAAGCUUGAUUGUCUCGAGUGCUUCUAUUCCACCUCUCGUCUAAUUUCCACGCCACCAGCGUGCCUACCGGUGGAAUCUGGAAGCUUUGCUUAGUGGUUGCCAGCGCAAACGACCAGCCAGGGUGGAGUCAGUUGACGGUGCAUACCACUCCAGCAACCGGGAUAUUGACCAGGCAUCGUUAUUUGAAGAAAGAGCUGUCGCAAAUCAUCACGUUCGAGUGCCCGACCUGUGUGCCUGGCAAAAGCACCGCCUAUCUGGCAAGACAGUACUUAAGGCUUUUCUUAAUCCAUCUUUCGAGACAUCAUGGGCGGGCCUCUCAAGGGGAAAUGAGUUGAGUCGCAGGUUGUUCAUGCUGGCUGGGUGGGCUGUCUUUCUAGGGGAAAAGUGUUGAGUCCCUAGGAAUUGAAUCUCAGGAUGGAUUACUAGGGAGAGCUCUAAGGCGUCCGUACUUCGUCGACUGCUUAUCGGCGGAAAGUGGCGUUUUGCUAAGCACCAAAAUUGCCUCAGCAACGAACUCUAUGCCGACGAUACUAACCAACGCAACCACAGCCAAAUAUUUACCCAGAAGUCCAGCUUUCACAGAUUCUAGUACCGUGGCCGCACAGCAAUUGGUGAACUCUGGCAGUGGUCUAGGAUUGAACGCUGGUAAUGAUAGCAGCGCUUUUGUGGAGUUCGAAGUGGACGCAACGAGACUGUCACAAGGCGUUUACUACCAUUAAGGGUACACCUUUAAGGUGUUCUGGUUACCGUUUGUUAUGGCUCUCCUAAGGGAGACAGGCAUAACAAGCGGGGUUAGCGAGCACCUAAACCCUAAACCCCUAAGACCCCAUCUGCAUUGACAAAGAUGGCGACACUGGCACGAUGACCUAUGGGGACUCUCUUCAGUUAAGGGUUUCCGAAUUACAUCCCUCACUACCAUCCUUGGCUCCUUUUCCAGGGGGAAAUAGGUCAAGGAUGUUCUGAAGAAUGCAAUGUCGCAGCCUCUAAUUCAGACGGUGUAUGUGACUCCAGUCAUUCGCGCCAUGACCACGAUCAGCAACGUCGCGACCAGAGACGAGACGUUCCCAUUCGAGAUCUACUGCCCGACUUGUAAGCCGACAGAGACGAGGGAAAUCAACGUCACUCGCAGUUUCACCCAAGACGAACCGAUACUAGUGUUUUACCAGGUAUGAAAAGAAAAUCUGUUAUCAUUAUCAAGUUUCUUAAGUAGAAAAGUAUGAUAAUGAUAACAUAUUUUGGUUUCAUACCAGGAGACCGAACAGCGACAGGAGACGUAUUUGGACAAUCUGAAUCAGACACAGACGAGAACGGUAGAUGUGAACGUCACCAAGAAUUUCUCCAACGGCUCCGAACUGGUGACGACUUUCUACGAAGAAUUUUUGUCGGGCGAAAUGGAUUUUCUAUUAUGUUGCGCAGCUUUUUAGUUUUUUCCAUCAUACUACACGUUUGACUACGAAGGGUGGUAGUAAUGUCUGAGUCUCUACUAACCGCCAUGGUUCGACCUGUGCUGUUAUCGUCUGGACUUUUGUCUGGGUGCUAUCAGAACUAAUCUCUACGGGCACUGCUAACAGUGUCAUCAGGGACCCACGCACAUACAUUCCAUCAUUCUCGGCAUCUUGGUCCCCUUUUCCCUUGUAUUAAUAUUCCUAUGAAAAAUGCUACAAGGGUAGUAGUAAAGGGACCCCAAGAAAAUGAAAAUGGGGGCCGAGAUGCAAUCGAGUCGCGGACUCUAACUCAAGAGGGCAGCGUCUACGCCACAACCGCCUAUCUAGGUUCUCAAGACUGCAAGAGACGCCAUACAGAGGCAGCAGAGAUUCAGCUCUUGUCCAGCAUUCAGAGCGGCGUGACAGCUGUGCCUGGAGAACAAACCUUUGCAAAUUGGAUGAAGAACAAAACUGGUGAAGAGUAUCUAGAUCCGCGGUUACUAGGCCGUUACAACUUCACGUUUGAUACGACUCAUUUGCUCACUGGACAAAGCUACGCUUUGUGUAUUGAUAUGGACGGAAAAGGAGGACCCGGAACUUACGGUUUCAGUGGGGCAGAGGUGUUCGUGAACACUUUCACGUUGUUGGAAGUGGAAGCAAGAGAGAGCUACGCACCUACGUUUUUGCCGGAGAAGAACGAGACCUUGCGAGCCACGUGUGGAAGCGACGCAUUGUGCCAAGCUGGAGGGGUGAAUGCGUAUUUGGUGAGACAAGAGACGCGAUUAGAACCUUUGUGCGAGAUCCUAUUGUCCAGUGACGACCCAACCGAAAGGCCAUCCCUUGCGAUGACGAAUGUUUUGGCACAGCCAGGGCAGAUUUCACAUGUACAAGCGUCGAAUACGGCGCAAAGCAGUAGUGAUCCUGGCGUUUUCGAGUUUACCUUUGACGCCUCCAGACUGAACCCUGGCGCAAUGUAUCGACUCUGCGUGGACUACGGAAGCAAUAGUCCUAAGCUUUUGUUCGGCGACACCGGUUUGACGGUUUACGUCAGUGGCGUUGUACAUCUGGUUACCACUGGCUUGGUGAUUGGCUUGACCAUGGCGUAUGCGGAUGUCAGUUUGUUCUGCACUGGCGUAGUGGACCCACUAAAUGGUGAACAACCUUGCUCUACGGAUAGUAUGGCCUACUUGUCGACAGAAUGCGAUCAAAGCGUAGUAGACAGCGUACCGAUGAACAACGUGACGGCUGGGACAGAGGUCGUGCCGUUUCGAAUCAGCUAUUUGGAUACGCAGAAGCUGACACCGAGGAUCACGGAUUUGCUGGAUUUAUGACUAAAAAAGUAGAUGCAGUUUUUAUGUAGAUUCACCUUUAGACUGAACCUGAAGUGCAUUAUCGUAAACAUGAGGGCCACUAGGUUUCGUUCUAGCGAAUCAAGAACAUAUUAGAGCAGAAGUCGAAAAAAAAAGAGGCCACAAAGUAUACGAAGAGUUCCAUCAGAACAAAAGUGCUCUAAUCGGCGCCGGCAACAGUGACAGUGAAGCAGGCAACGACACAGUGGUCACUUACGUGAACACGAGUUUCGACACGGACGCUCUGUUCUCCACCAAACUUUCCUCCGUCUACAACGGCACGCUGUUCGUUCUUCGCCUCAACACUCGCAAGCUACAGGACGGGCGUCAUUUCCGUCUUUGCACUGAUUUAGACGGGUAUGCGGGACCCAAGUAUAUGUUAAGGGUUUCCGAAUUGCAUUCCUCACUACCAUCCACCCUGACGCUGCUUUUCCUAGUAGAAAAGAGGCCAGGGAUGUUCUGAAGAAUGUAAUUCCGUAACCUCUAAAUAUGGGCGACACUGGCCAAAUUGUGUACACAGCGCAGAUUCCGUUUGUGUCGACAAGAGGGGUAAGAGCCGUGGAUCCGCAGUGGGUGAAUUUCACGUGCACAGGGUGCGGAGACGGGACAGAAGGAUACAUGCUGCUGAGCUAUAGCGGUCGUUGUAACGUGCGGGAGGGUGGUGGAAAUGCGACUGCGGUUGCAGGGGUGCAGACGUUAGGAAACAGGAGUUGUUGAGGGUGUGUAGUCCUAGUGAGUUGAAGACACAUGGUUCUAGAUUCAGAGAGUGAAUUCCUUGAAUGACACGUCGACCUCAAAUACACUGCUAGACUUCCAUACCAGAGAGCAUACUGGUCCUUUUCCAAACCAUCAUUAGUUUUCAAAAAUAUGUAAUCGAGAUGGACAUUUUUUUCGAAAAUUUUCGUCCCAUCUCUAACACCCGGCUCCACGCAGAGGCAAGUCUACGCAUUCCCCAAUGGCACCGAAAUGCAGUAUUUUCCUUUCUCCGCUGGCCAUCUAGAGGAGGGUUUCGACUAUCGCCUGUGUGUCGAUCUGAACACCACGAACACGCGGAACUUCUUCUACGGAGAUUUGAUGUAUCUGAUCUAUCUGACGCCUGUAACCUCUGCAGGGGUGGCAGUGCUGCAACAGGGAGAUGGAGGGCUGCUAUUCCAGUGUCCGAAUUGCACAGACGCGCAUAGCACAGCGUUUUUGGCGGAAGACUGCGCAGCUGAGGGCCUGUCGGCUAUCCGAGUAGGUGUGGAUGCAGAUAAUGUGACUCUGGUGAACGAAACGAUUGGGACGGGGAGUGGAGGUACAACUAUUGGGAAUUCGCGAUCUCCUGAUCCUGUUGGGCCCAGCGAUCUUUUUUGCUAAGAGUUGCGUUUUAAUCUCAAUGGUCUUUUUUUUCACUUUACUCUGGCUAAAAGUUGUAGUGUUUUGAUCUCAAUGCUCUUUUCAGCAGCUGCUAUGGAGUGCCACUAACCUCCUUCACAGGUGGCAUCUACCGUUUGUCCCAAGACGUGUCUCAGUUCACUCUGGGCAAGCAUUUUGAGCUAUGCAUCGAUAUGGACGGCUCAACGAGAACGAAUCUUCUCUACACUGAGUCUAAACCUAUGCGCUAUUCCGGCUUCACUGUUUUCGUCACUUCUAUCGAGCAUUAAGGGUAGGUUAAAGGUGCUCACUUUCUUACCGCUUGUUAUGGCUCUCUCCCUUAGGUGGGGACAGCCAUAACAAGCGGGAGAACCAUAAACGAACACCAAAAGCCUACCUCUAAGAGCAUCUAGAGACCACCUCCGUCCACGCUGCGCCGGAUCAGGUGAUCUUCUUCCGCUGUUUGUACGGUCUUUGUUCUGCCGCGAUGCAGGGUUUCUUGUCGAGCUCGUUUACGAGUUGCGACCUAGGUUUUCAAGUGACUACGCCAGUGGCAUUUGCGAGCGCGGGCUACGUGGGCGAAAGGUUCUACGCGAUGAGCGGGAUAGACGCGUCCGCUUUGACGAUCGGAAGGGAGUAUGGGCUUUGUGUGGAUCACGGGAACGGGUUUGGCCAGAGCGGGUUUCGAGUAUACGUCCACCCGAUAUCCGGCUUAGCUGGUGCUGCGACAUUGACCUAUCGAGCUGGCGUCCCUAUCCGAGUAGAGAUCAAGCUUUGCGCUAAAUGCGAAUUAGUUGCUGAUCUCACCUAUGCGUACUUGUCCGCUUUCGGAUGCAAAGACGCUGAUCGGGGCACAAGAUUGCAAUUGUUGGAGAAGGAACUAGUGGUGGUGAGUAAUACCUUUCGGUAUUUCAUUCCCGUGCCGGACCCAGAGACAUUGCAAGUGGGCAGAAAUUACGAUUUCACUUGUUAAAUCUUGGUUAAAUUGAGGUCGGGCGGUCGAUCGUCUUAGCGCUUUCCGCGCUAAUUGGUUGGUGGCAGUUUAUGCCAUCAAUUCUAAGCUUUUUAAAAGCUUACGGUAUCACAUGUUUUGCAACUUGUUUCUCAGGGUCGAGGCAGGGUCAGGGUAUCGCGCGGCCGUUCUAAUUUAACCACUUAAUUUGCACUGCCGUGAACAGCACGGACGUGAGUCGCACGUUCUUCAACACCGGCUUGACGGCUUUCCCCACUGUGGACGCCUUUUUGAUCGGCAACACGCACGUGUCGAUCUACAUCAACUUCGCAUACGAUUUCGGAUCCACAGUUUUUUACGCCUUCCCGCCGUCUACGUCGCUUUCUGAGAGCACGUUUCUGUCGCCCCUCGAGUAUUCACCGGAGUGGACAGGGCAAGGCUGGCGAUUUGCUUCUUCCAACGGCACUGACGGGUCAAGCAACUUGACCCUCGCACUGACGAAUGAGACCAACGUGAUAAACUUAACCUCCGUCAUCAGGUCAACGGACGCAAACAGGACACAGAGGGUAACGUUUAAAUGCGAUAAGUGCGGGACGGCGAAUGGACAACAUGCACUCUACGUGGGUUCAGUAUGCCAGAGGUCCAUCACCAACGGGAUCUACCCAGCAACCCAAGGGUCGAAUACAGACGCUGUAGUAGUUUACAACGAUAACCCUCUGCCUGCGAUCGAUGGCUACUAUGCGGAUGUUAACUUCGUUAUGAACAACAGGAGACUAAAAACGUCUGUUCUUGGAAGAACAAUAGCGCGGUAUACAAUCAGGUGCAGCAUGGUAAGUAUUGAUAUGCACAUUGUCGUAGUCGAGGAUGUGUAAAUUGCGCGUCUUGUCGAAGUAUGGAGUUGGAAAGAACAGUCUUUCCAAGACUAAUAAAAAUCAAACAGCUUACUGGAAUCACCACCCCUUUCCCUCUCUAUUACAAACAGCUUACUGGAAUCAGCACCCCGUGUCCUUUGUCUAAGUCCCGUUUCCUCCAGUCCGGUGGCAGCUACGAUGUCUGCGUCGAUUACAACCGCAACUCCACGACUAGCAGUUUCGACUACACCGGAGAGAAGUUUUUAGUCACUGGAGUGACUGGCAGUUUGAACAGGACUCUAUACGCCAACCUCUCGCAGACGAUCACGAUAGUGUGUCACACGUGCUCGGACCAGACCAAAGCUUACUUGGGGUUGGAGUGCGCCAGUGCGAGGAGGACGGGGAUCAUGCGCAAAUGGCCAGAGAAACGAACUGCAGCAGCGACGUUUUUCUACUACCUUUUAUGCACGUGCUAUAAUUUAGUUCAGUUCUGUAGAAGUACCAAAGUGCAAGUCGAGCAGAAGUUGUAUUUAUUUCUUCUUCUGUUUUCGCUCCUUUUCCAAAACACCACUUAGGAACAGCUGAGAGCCGAAAGCUUCUCAACCUCCUCAACAAGCUCGUUAAAUCAAUGCCUUACACUCUUUGGCUUUAAAGUUAUUUCGAUCGGUCCAUCUUUUUUCUGACUGUCACGCCUCCUUCUAACUGCAAGAGACGGCAACGCAUGGAACGGCACUCUAUUCGCCAUUGAAGUCGACGCGACGCCCUUACUCUCAGGUACCCAGUACAAGCUGUGUGUGGAUGAGGAUGGGCCUCAAAAUGCAACAGGUUUUGAAGACGUCCAGCUGCGAUUCGAUGUCUUCUAAACUGAUUUUUUAGAACUCUUUUUUUCAUUUCCUCGUACUAAGUAAGUAGUCUCCCCUUGUUCCCCCCGAGUUGGUUAGCCCAAAAUAGGCCUCACCCCAUGUGAAAUGCGUAUCAACAUCAACAAUGCUAGAGUGAUCAUGUUUUAAGACUUCUCUGGAAUCAAGAUAAUUUUUACUGAUUAUAGAUCUUACAAACAAGUAAAGAAGUCAUUCAACAAACCCAGCACUAGGCAGUAGUGGACCACGUUGCGAAUGCGUAUGCGAAUGUGAUAUCAGAAAAGAUUCGAAAUUAAAUCCUUUUUAUCUGUGAGUCAUUAUUAGUAGUACUUAGAUAAGUACUCUGACUCUCUUACUGGAUCUUCUCAACAUUGGUUUUCUAGCUACUGCUCUCUCUCAACAUUGGUUUCUUUUUUUAGUUACGGCUCCACUCGAAUUAUCAGUGAGCCAAAAACGAGUACAGCUUUGUUGUACUCGUCGUGAUCGAAUGAAUACUUAGACACUGUAUAAUAUGUAGGGCCUUGUUAUCGAAGGUUGCAGGCAAUCGAAAUGUCCGAAGCCCAUAAUCGAUCCAAUUGGCCUUACAGUUGCACAGACACGGGAUCAUAUGUAGAGAAAAAAGAAUCAGUACAACGAAAAGGCAAGAAGUAUGUGAAGUUUAAGUGGUUUUUCAGGGUUAGGAGAAGAACGCAC